AUGGCGAAUUUGGGCAACCUAACGCACUACCUUACCUUAAAAACGAAGAAAACCAGACUCUUCUACAUGGCGUUGACCGCCGUUUUAUGCUCGGCGUUCUACCUCAUCGGAAUUUGGCAGCACGGCGGCUUAACCACCGGUGCCACCUCCUCCACCGUCCUCCUAACCACACUUCCAUGCAACCCAACAAAAAACAUCACUUUCACCACCCGCUCCAACAACAAAAACAAGCACACCACCCUUGACUUUACCGCCCACCACAAAGCGGAAGAACUUGUCCCGAUUGAACCAACGGCACGUGUCAAACACUUCCCAGCAUGCGAUUCAAAAUUCUCCGAGUACACUCCAUGCCAAGACACGAAAAGAUCUUUGAAAUUCGACAGAAAGAUGCUUGUUUACAGGGAAAGACAUUGUCCGGCAAAGCAUGAAUUGUUGAAGUGCAGAAUUCCGGCGCCGUAUGGGUAUAAAACGCCGUUCCGGUGGCCGGAAAGUCGAGAUUAUGUUUGGUUUGCUAAUGUACCGCACAAACAUCUGACGGUCGAGAAGGCCGGCCAGAACUGGGUCAAAUUCAAAGGGGACCGGUUCAGUUUUCCCGGCGGUGGUACUAUGUUUCCACGUGGCGCCGAUGCGUACAUUGAUGACAUCGGAAAAUUAAUCAACCUUAAAGACGGCUCCGUAAGGACCGCCAUUGAUACUGGCUGCGGGGUUGCUAGCUGGGGUGCUUACCUUCUCUCUCGAAAUAUCCUACCGAUUUCAUUUGCACCAAAAGACACACAUGAAGCACAAGUGCAAUUUGCUCUUGAACGUGGAGUUCCUGCACUCAUAGGAAUUUUAGCCUCGAAUAGGCUACCUUACCCUUCAAGGGCCUUCGACAUGGCUCAUUGUUCUCGCUGCCUUAUUCCAUGGGGCCAGUAUGAUGGACUUUACUUGACUGAAGUUGAUCGGAUUUUGCGACCUGGUGGAUAUUGGAUUCUGUCUGGACCACCAGUGAACUGGGAGAAUCACUGGAAAGGCUGGAACAGAACAAGAGAAGACCUGAAUCAAGAACAAAAUGGAAUCGAGAGAGUGGCAAAGAGCCUGUGCUGGAAGAAAUUGGUACAAAGAAAUGACCUUGCCAUUUGGCAGAAGCCUACUAAUCAUGUACACUGUAAAUUACAGAGGAAGAUUUUCAAGAAGCCUCCCUUCUGCCAGGCUCAGGAAGCAGAUAAAGCAUGGUAUACCAAGAUGGAAGCCUGCCUGACUCCUCUGCCUGAAGUGUCUGAUAUCAAAGAAAUUGCUGGCGGGUCUCUAGCAAAUUGGCCGCAGAGAUUGACUGCUGUUCCACCGAGAAUUCUUAGUGGAAGUGUAAAAGGAGUCACAGCAGAAAUCUUUGAAAAAGAUACAGAAUUGUGGAAGAAAAGAGUAUCACACUACAAGGCCUUGGACUCUCAGUUAGCAGAGCCUGGAAGGUACCGCAAUAUACUUGAUAUGAAUGCCAACUUGGGAGGAUUUGCAGCUGCACUUAUCAAUUAUCCCUUGUGGGUUAUGAAUGUCGUCCCUGCUGAGGCAGAAGUGGAUACACUUGGGGUUGUUUAUGAGCGUGGAUUGAUCGGGACUUAUCAGAACUGGUGUGAAGCCAUGUCUACUUAUCCAAGGACUUAUGACUUCAUUCAUGCUGACUCAAUAUUUACCCUCUACAAAGACAGGUGUAAUAUGGAAGAUAUUCUGCUUGAAAUGGACAGAAUCUUACGACCUCAGGGAAGUGUGAUUAUACGAGAUGAUGUUGAUGUUUUGGUCGACGUCAAGAGCAUAGUUGAUGGACUUCAAUGGGACAGCAGAAUGACUGACCAUGAAGGCGGCCCUCAUGUGCGCGAAAAGCUUCUAAUUGCAACCAAGCAAUACUGGACUACCCCAGCCCCCAACCAAGAUCAAGAAGUGUCAAAUUCAUAG